UUGAUGUGAAAGGUGUGUCAGUGAGGUGUUACUAUAAUUUGUUACGGUACAAAAUUUUCGCAAAUGACUGCAAUAUUUGCCAAAUCAUUCGAAAAUUCGCUGAGUAGUAAUUUAUUUUCAAUUCCUACCUCGUUUUAUUUUUUACCUUGUUGCAUUUAAUAAAUAUUAUUAACUGCGUUUUGUUUUUCUGCGCCGAACAAGUUUUUUCAUAAUGGAACGGGAAGUGUAUUCACAUUCCGUCGCACCUAAUCUGCAGAUAAGCGCACAAACUCAAACUGUCGUUGAUGUCAAUAAUGGUAGUAAUUGUUUACCAGUCACAAAUCAAUCGUUGCAGUGUCGGGAGAGUGAAACGAUGGGGCAGGCAAACGAAAAACUAAACGAUGUGAAGAAAAGUGAGAAAGUAACGAAUUUAAAAGAUGUCGAAAGUCCGGACGAGAAACAAUUGGACGUGGGCCAAUCUGAGAUUAUUUCGAACACGAACACAGGCGUGGAUGUGGAUUCGCGGUUCACCACGGCCGAUAACGAGGUGGUUAUUCACAAAUUAGAGCAGGCUGCAAGUUGGGCAUCGGGCGAUCGCAGUGUCGAACAGUAUUUCGAAAGUGAAAGAGAUGAAGCUGAAGCACGACUAUUGGCCCGUCGUGCAGCGAGAGCCGAAGCGCGUGAGAUUCGCAUGCGGGACCUGGAGCGGCAGCAACGCGAACAGGAAGAGAACGCCGACCGACAGUUUGAUAUGCUCAGCGAGCCGGCAGUGCGGCGGCCGGUUCCUGCUUCCGUCCGCAGCCUGCUGCAAUCGCGGCGCUCAUCGGAGGACUCGCUGGAGGACACUGGCAGUUUGCGCGAUCUCAGACAUGAGCUCAAGGAGGUGGAGGAGAAGUUCCGCAAGGCGAUGAUCGCCAAUGCGCAGUUGGAUAAUGACAAAGCGGCGCAGACUUAUCAACUAGAACUUCUUAAAGACAGGUUAGAAGAAUUGGAAGAGGAACAUUCGCAGGUGAAGCGCGAACACAAAGACAAGUGUCGUGACUUUGAGCAACUGAAACGGGUAACGGCGCAGUUGAAGGAUGAAUUAGCGCUCUUCAAAGCCGAGUUGGACGAGCGCGACCGACUCAUCGCCGAGAAGGGUUUAGUUAUUGUUGCCGCCGACGAUGUGGACACGUCGGCUGGUUUAACGAAUGGCCCCACGACGAGUGCGACAACAAACUCGACGACGCCGAAAAUUCGGCGUGCGUUAGUGAGCGCGGAAAACGCGCAUCUUUUAGAAAACGCAGGCGAAGGUAGUCUCGACGUGCGGCUGGCACGUUUUGCUACAGAACGCUCUGAGCUAUUGGAUCAAAUUAGCCACCUGAAGCUCGAACUCGAGGAGGAGAAGUGCGCCAAGCGGCGGAAAAGCAGCAGCGCUCUGAACGGACCGGAUUCGGAUAGUGAUGCUGCUGAUAUUCAACGCGAAGCAAGUAAACAAUUAGCCGAAUAUAAAUUCAGAGCGCAGAAAGCCGAACAAGAUGUGGCAACGAUGCAAGCGACCGUUGCCAGACUGGAAAGCCAGGUGAUUCGAUAUAAGUCGGCGGCUGAGAUCUCCGAGAAAAGCGAGGAGGCGCUCAAAGCGGAGAAACGGAAACUGCAACGAGAGGACGAUUCACUUAGUAGUUGCUCUUACACUUACAGUUACACAGAUAAUGAUAAUGAUACUGAUAAUGAUGUUGAAGGCGAGGGAAGCUCAGAGUAGAGCGGAAGAAUUAGAAGUGUCCAACACGCACCUCAUCAAGCGUCUGGACAAGCUCAAAAACGCCAAGUCGGCGCUGCUCAAGGAGCUUUGACAAUCGUCGAACACCUAGUGCGUGCUUAGUGCGCAAUCCAAGUCCAAAUAACAAUUAUUUUUAAAUUAACACUACUUACUAAACAUAAACAUAUGUACUAUACAAAAGAAGCCACCACCACCGCCAUUUGCGUGGAGAAGUGCGCAACCAACGAAACACGGAAAGCGAGCCGCGAGCUGCAAGCCAUUUUGUAUGCAUACUAAGUAGGAGUAUAUAAAACUAGGGACAAAACGUAGGUUUUAAUACAUUUUUAAACACUUUCUUAGACACAUCCUUGAUAUUUCUGGAUUUGUGUGUCCGCGUCUACGUGAACUUGACACUUAAAUAAUUUUUUUGAUUCGGUUUUUUAGCGAACGUUUUGUUUUGAGUACUUGAACGAUUCUGUACAUAUAUUAAUGUUAUUAUUUUUUAUGAUGUAUAUUUAAUUGAUAUGUGUAUUUAAAUUAUUGUUUAAAUUAUUAACAGCGUCGAAAUAAUGUAUCGCGAUUCAAUGGAGAACGGAGAUGAGACGGAGCUUGUCACAUGCCGCAGUUGGCGUUAUCAUGACUGCUGAAUGAGAGAUUAAUGUGAUGUUGUUAUACUCUCAAAUGCAACGCAACAGUCAGGAAGCGAGUGACCGAAGAAUAUUUGGUAAAAGGUACUUUACGAUAUAAAACAAAAUAUAAACAA